ACCCGGGGAGAAGGAGCCAUUUUCUGCUGGAUCUGGAGAAGGAGGCCCGAGCUUUUCCUGCUGUGGAGGGCGACAGCUGUGAAACAGUCAGCGAGAGUUCACAGGUGAUUUAUUCUUGAGAAGGAGCAAGAUGGAUGAAGUAUACCACAUCUCUUCUACUGAGAAGGUCCAGCAGCUGGAAAGAGAACUAGCAGCACAGCUGGCAGAGCUGAAGGCACAAAUAGAAGACAAUGGGGUACUUCAGGGAACACCAAACAGGGCAUACAGUUCUGUUCCAGUUCCAAAAGAUGCAACUUAUUUCAGAAAAGAAAGAGAGAGAAUACUGAAGAGAGUCUUACAGGUGGCAGAAGCGAAGCCCCUUGUUAUUCAGGCUGAUGUCAUGCAGAGGGAGUUAGAGAGCUGCUGGACAAGGGAGUACACAGCAACAACCUUGCCGCUGCUGCUGCACCAGUUUUUUACAGACAGAAUCACUCAGCUAGUCCAAAGUAAAUAUUUGCACAUGCUCAGAUGGAAAAGAUUUUGCACGCACAGCAGUGUUAUUGAGCAGCUUUAUCCUCUCUAUCAGAAGCAAGUUAGUCACAUCAUGGAUGAAUACAAUGAUGCAGUUCAGAGGGCUGCAAGGCUUUCAGUGGCAAGGGAGAACUUCCUGACAGGAAAGAAAAAUGCAAUGAAUGUAGUGACAAAGGAAGAUCUGCUGAUUUACACCCAAUGGUUAGUGUGCCACCUACACUCUGUGAAGGGCAUUCACCGUUUUCUCCAGGUUCUCCAGCAUUUGCCUGUUUCUCACAAACUGAGUGUGGUUGAUGAGAAAUGUCCUGACGUGAUCCAAGACAAAUGGGACAAAUUAAGGAGUGCCUUUGACAGACAUUCAGAUGUUUUUAAUACUGAUGUGUUUUGCUGUUCAAAAUUUUUAAGAAAUGAAUCUUGCCACAAGGACACUGGAUUCAUUCUGCCCUGUCACAGCACUGAAACCAAGGAGCUGAAAGCCCAGCUCCAACUUCUGCUGGAUCACUUUGAUAUUGACUACAACCUUAAAGAUCUCAAGGACCCAGCUGAUGAGAUGAAGCUCUUUUAUUUGGUGGUCCAAAAAUUUAGGAGCAUCUUCUGCAAACAGCAGACAAUGAGAACAUUUCCAGAUUAUGACACAGAGAUUUCUAGAUUAAAGAACUGGGGCAUGUCAGAUCCAACCAGGGCUUUGAAGAAGAGAGCCAACUGGAUCCCUUUUAUAAAGGUCUCAGACGUGGAGAAGGUGAUGGAGGGUCUCCAGGAUCAUGCAGCAGCCGUGCUCAAACCACAUCCUUUGCGGUCAGGUUCUGCCACUUGUUCUCAUGCCUCAGAACAGCAGAACUACGAUGACAUCUGGAAGGAAGUCUACGCCUUCACUGAACGUCACCAGGAACUAAACACUGAGGGUGAUAACAAAGCUGUGGCUUGCAGUGAGGAAGGUGUAGGAGACAGCAGCUCCAGAAAGCUUCCAGGAUCCUACAGAAAGAAGAAUGAAAGAGGGUAUGGUUACAUGAGCACCUGGCAGCUCCUGGGACUGGAAGAAGGACCAGCAAUUGCCAACAAGGAAGACGUGGUGACAAGAGGAACCUAUCUUUCCUUUCUUCUCCUACGUCACUUGAGGCUCCGAGAGCUAAAGAGAGUGUGCCUGGGAAUCCUGAACUACUUCAGAUCUGUGGAGAGAAGCCUUACUAUCAGUACUGCAGGCCUCAACCUCAAGGCUGGUUGUCUGAUUCCCAGUGCAGAAGACACCUCCUGGAUCAGUGCUGCCAAAGGAGGCACUGGUGCUUCUGGUGGCUUGCACUCUCAGCCCUAUGUUCACUACACACCAGCUGACUACAAGGUUCACAGCACUCAGUUCAUGGAGUUUGCAGAUGUGGAAAACCAUGAUGACUUUCACACUCGUGAAGAUGGAUAUAUCCACACACAGGACCAGCAUGGGACUUAUAUCAUAUAUGAUGUGGCACUGAAGGACCUAAAGGAGCUUGAGAACCAGUUGCUGCUUGUGGCCAGCCAGUACAUCGAGAAAGAUCAAAGCAAUGUAACUUGUGGGAAAUCCAGUGGCAGCAAUAUCGUUGAGUGGGCACAUGCCUUUGUGGAUCGGUUUGCAGUGUUGUUUGAUCUUUGGACCUGUGAAACUGCUCUCUUGGAAAAAAAAUGCCAGCUUCUAGAUGUUUACUUAGAGGCCUACCAACAUGCUUUGGACCCAGAGGAAAGAUUUGCUUUGGCCCAAGCAAUAACUGACAUCAUGCAUAAACAUCCACGGUUUGAUCUUGAGCUUGAAUAUUUUGUGAACAUCUACAGAGAUGAAUGCAUCUGUUUACAACUUCAAGCCCAGCUGCUGAGGGACAUAGUAAACCAACAAAUAGAUGUCCAGAGAGAAUACGUCCCCAAGAUUUGGCGGAAAGGUCAGAAAGGUGGCAUCAAUGAAUUUGGACUUCCUCAUAAUGUGAUUACUAAGCAACUUGUCUCUCUUAACACUAGCUGUGCUGCUUCGAAGAAUAUUUAUUUGCUGGAGUUUCAUCCUUCUCUUGGUCUGGUGUGCUCAAUCCCCAAGGCUCUGGAGUGUAUCUACCAGGAGUUCUACAGCAUCUCUAGACCCAAAACAGCCAGUAGAGCAAUUAAGCUAGAAAAAAAAGUGCUUCAGCUGGUACUUGAUGAAUGGCUGACUAUGGAAAAGCCAGAAUCUUUCUACAGCUCUCAGAUUCAAAAAGAUUUGUUUGCAGAGAUACUCAUAGAGGACCCUGUGCUGGUGCAAGACAUUGCUUUGUCACUAUUAGAGGAGAGAGCAGAUGAAGAAAGAAAAGAAGGCAGAGAAAGGCAGCUCUUUAUCCUGGAUUCAUUCUCCUUGCUCCUGGAACUGAUCACACUCCGGCAUCGGUUGAUUGAGGUGGCAACAGAGAGCUCACAGUUAGCCAGCUUAUAUAAGGCUUUUGCAAUGGAAGCAGGUUUUGGGGAGUUCCAUUUGUAUCUGAGGCCAGUGCAAUUUGAAUCUGCUCUUCACAAGGAGAAAGCAGACCAUCUGCCACCAACAUUUAUUACCUCUCUCCUGGAAGAUGACAGCUGUGUUGACAGAUAUAUUCCAAGUAGCUUACCAUUAAGCAUUCAAGAGAUCGACACUCACGUUGGAAAAUUUAGUUUCAGGACAAGACAUGGUGUUAUGCAGCUCUUGUGUCCAUCUGGAAUAAAGAACAUGCAACUUAUCCUUGCCUGCCAGAUCAUUCAGAAAAAUGCUCUUUUGGCAGCUGUUCAGCAAGCAUCCUUUUGUUACCUGGUCCAGUUUACCCAUUCCUUGGACAUAAAGGAAGGAAAUGUAAGUCUAACAAGUCAGAGCAGUUCAGCAAGUGGAAGAAAUUCUGUAUCUGGGAGCCAAGCAGAGGAUCAGCUUCUGCCAGCAGCCACGCCAGCCACAUCAUUUUCUCCUGGGCGUUUUUCAUAUUUGCACCGAGCCUUUCACAGGCCUCCAGAAGCUUUUGUUUCCAUUCAGCUGGAGAAACAAGGGCCCCGAGAUAUGAUGCUGAACACUUUCAUCCAUAAGAAAGAAACGCUGGGCAGCAGAAUGCAAAACCCUGAUGAAAUUCUGCAACUGAAAAGAGACAUUAUUGCUGAAUAUUGUCUUAAGAUGAAUCAGCGUGUGUCCCAGCACGCCCUGCGAGGUCAGCUCAUUGCGUUCUACAAUAGCCUAAGAAGCCUCUUAGAUGAUUUCCCUGUUGUCAGAGACAAGUACUUUAUAAUUGGACUCUCUCAAGGAAAAAGAGAGCAAGAGUUAAAGGAAAACUUUGCAGCUGAUCCCAGAUUCUUCCAUCCUCGACCACACUGUUUGCUGUCCCCAGAUGGAUGCACCUUCCUUAAUUUGUGGUUCAUCCCUCACCCUACUGAAGUGCUGAUUAUGUUCAAGAUGCUUUCAGAGAAGGCUGCUCUCAAAGCUCUCCGCCUAAGCCUGCAAAUUGUUGGUGCAUUUCAUGAUGUCGUUGCCUAUCUCCUGGCUUUUGCUCAGUUAGGAAAUUCACCAAGCUCUUUUUGUGCCUUAAACCCAGAGCCUCUGACUCCAGACUGGGGAGGGAUUGGAAGGAUUGGGACUGAACUGCAAGAGAUACAAAGAAUGAUUGACAGCCUCAAGAAUCCUCAGGAUCCCAGCGAAGUAGCCCAGCUGCUAGCUGCUCACAGAGAUGUAAUGUUUCUACAGUUUGAUGCAGCAAUCAGGCAUCGACUAAGGGAGACGUUUUUGUCCUCUGGGAAUGUUUCAGCCUACCAGAGUAUUACAGACAGGAUAUACCAUGCACUGCCUCCACUGAGUAACUCUGUGAUUCCAAGUGUGUUUGCUGCACAGCUGAGGCUCCCACAGCUGCUGGAUGUUCAGAGCUGCAGAACACUCAUGCUUUUUCCUUGGAGGACAUUCCUAAUGGAUGAAGGAUUGUUUCCAGUCACUGUCAACAACACAAUUAAUUUAAAUUACAACAUGCAGUUAUGCCUGUGCAACCUGAAUGAUGCAGACCGGAGUGUUGCUCAUGGGGAGCUAGCUGCCAUGCAGUUUCUAAUGGAGGAUGUCCUGCAGAACCACGAUGACUCUGCUGUGGAUGAUCAUGCUGAUUGUCAAGCCUCGUUAGCUAACAGUAAGCAGCAGAACUCAGAAGAGAUGACUCACGCAAGUGCUAACUGGUUGCAGAGCAGCAAAAAGAUGUGCAAACUUCUGCUGAGGCAUCAUGAUCCAGUUACAUCAUGUAACUUGCUAAGGUCUUUUCUGGUGCUAUGGAAACAACUGGAAAUAUUAAAGGCAGAAUGGGGCCGGCUCAAGCUGAGGACUGAGGAUAUCAAUACAGUUCCUCUCUACAAAGAGUUCUGUGAGCGAUAUGGCACAGAAAUUCUGCACCCAGCCAUGAAAGCCAUGGCCAGGCAAAUGAGCAUUGAGGAGGACUUCAGAGGGCCUGUCACAAGCACUCAGCAUGUACUUCCCCCAAGAGGAGUAUCAGAAACUGAAAUGAAAGUGCAUCAGCUUCAAAAACUUCUGGAAAGCCUGGAAAUCCACAUGAUCCAUGAUGUGCAGAAGAAGAUUAAGCAGGAGAUGACUCUAGUGAUAUCUGAAAGAGCCAGACAAGAGAGCAGCCUCCCUACUGAGCUCUGGAAACACAGAGUAAUGAAAGAAAAUUUCUCUGUUGUACGACCACAGAUAGUUGAAACAUUUGUUCAAAGGCUGAUGGAAAACUAUGAAGGAUCAGAUACAGAGGUUACUUUUAAGAGAAACCACUUACAACAGUGUCUUACUGUGCUGGGCUGUGACAUCAUGGCCAGAGAACGCAGCAACUUUGAGACUUACUCCAUGUUUUACGAAAAUAUCCUCCAGCAGCUGCACCAUCUACUUUACCAAAAAGAGCAAGAGCUGCAUGCGGUAGAAGAUGGUGGCAACCAAAAUGAUAUGUCUCUGACACAGAUUGCCAGGCUGAGUCAUGGGAUGAUUAUGGAAAUAACUGCUCUCAGAGCCCAGCUCGCUGACUUGGAGGAUGAAAAUGCUGGUCUCAAAGAGAAGAUUAGAAAAGAAGUACGGGAUGAAUAUGAAUCAUUAGUGCGGAACCUAUUUGGGACAUGUGUCCAUCUAAAAGGAAAGUUGGACGUCUAUCGACUUAGCAUUGAGCAACGAGUGCUUGAAAUCAUCAGUGAAGUGAGAAGGGAGGGAGCUGACAAUAUGAUUGAUCUGAAGAAAAAGCUUGGCUCUCCUGAAACUAAUGAUGACUUGGAAGAACAGUUAUCUAAACAGGAGCAGCUGCAGCUCUUGCAGGAUGAAAAUAUCAGCCUAAGCAAGCUGGUGUGCAAGCUGAGGACUCUGAGCUGCUGGAAACACACCACUCAGAAAGCACAGCUCUCUGCAAAGCUGAGAAACGCUGAGAAGGAAGCUCUUCAAAACAAAAAAGAGUGUCUUAAUGCAAAGAUGAUGGCAGAACAAGAGGUGACUUCAUUGCAGGGUCAGCUCAUGUCUGCAAGGAAAGCUCUUGAAAAAUCUCAAGCAGAAAAUGACAAGCUAAAGGAGCAGCUGCAUAAGCAGAAACAAAUGCUGUUGGAACAUCAGAAGACACAAGAAGCCAGGAAAAGACAAAUUCUCAGCGUGGUGAAAGCUCAAAACAUGGAGAAAGUGCUUGAAGAGAUGGAAGAGAAAGAGCAGAAACUGAAAUGCCUGGUGAAGGAAGCUGAAAAGCCUUCUAAAACAGGACUACUUCAACAAAAAAGGGCCAAAACAGCUAUGCAGCAGAUAAGAAGCCAGUUAACCCAAGAGUUCAGCUUAAACCUGGAGGCCUUCCAGAACAUUGAUGAAGUGCCGUGUCAAGUUUAUGACCUGGAAGCUGCAGUUUCCCAGAGGAACGUGACUGCAGGUUCUGCAGCUCAGGUCCGGAAUAAUAAGACUGCAGCAUUCGCUCAGCUUGAGGAUUAUAAGCAGGAGCCUUUGAAUCCUGAUCCAAGAAACAGCACCGUUAAAAGAAGAAACACUCAAAGACCGAAGACAGUACCUAGCAGAUGGAAGCAGAGUAUGGCAGAUAGGCUGUUGCCACACCUCAAUGAAAAAUCUCUUCCUACUGUCUUCGCACAGCUACAGGAACACAGGCUGGUCUGGAAGUAAACCUAGUUGUAUUUUUAGUCACCCCAGGGCAUUUUAGAAAUUACUGCUAAGUUGGCAGUGUUAAAGAGAAGUACAAUUUAUACACAAAUCAAAGGGAGGCAGCAGCUCCCCAGUGCUGUGCACAUAUACUUCAAUACCAUAGAAUGGCCAACCACCAGACCAGGCUGCCUAGAGCCACAUCCAGCCUGGCCUUGAAUGCCUCCAGGGAUGGGGCAUCCACAGCCUCCUUAGGUCACCACCCUCUGUGUGAAAAACUUCCUCCUAAUAUCUAACCUAAAGCUCCUGUUUCAGUUUAAAACCAUUCCCCCUUGUGCUAUCACUAUCCACCCUCGUAAACAGCCAUUCCCCCUCCUGUUUAUACACUCCAUUCAAGUACUGGAAGGCCACAAUUAGGUCUCCCAGGAGCCUUCUCUUCUCCAAGCUAAACAAUCCCAGUUCCCUCAAUCUUUCCUCACAGGAGAGCUGCUCCAGCCCUCCGAUCAUCUUAGUGGCCCUCCUCUGGAUCUUCUCCAAGAGCUCCAUGUCCUUCCUGUGCUGGGGGCCCCAGGCCUGGACGCAGUACUCCCAGCUAGGGCCUUACAAGAGCUGAGUAGAGGGGGACAAUCACCUCCCUCUCCCUGCUGGCCACCCAUUUUUUAAUGCAGCCCAGAACACAGUUGGCCUUCCAGGCUGCAAGUGCAUACUGCUGGCUCAUGUCCAGGUUCUCAUGCACCAGGACCCCCAAGUCCUUUUCUCCAGGGCUGCUCUCAAGGACAUCUUCCCCCAGUUUGUAUAAAUACUUGGGAUUGCCCCAACCCAAGUACUUAUUGAAUCUCAUUAGGUUUUCAUAGGCCCACUUCUUCAGCCUGUCCAGGUCCUUCUGGAUGGCUUCCCCUCCUUCCAAUGAAUUGACUGCACUGCUCAGCUUGGUGUCAUCUGCAAACUUGCUGAUUCAAUGCCAUAUAUUUAGAUGCAGCAUCAGUACCAGCUGUGGUCAGUUAAUCCACUGAUCUGCUUCAGGUAUUGAGUGGUCAUCCUUCCAAGCAAGAGCAGCAUUACCUGUUCUAUCUUCUCAGGCAGUGUAGCUCAAUGAAGAUAUCAGUCAAAACUAAAAUGCUUCCUUUUAUUGCAGUAGCCUUGGAACAUGGCAGUGCAAAGCAUAGCUAAGUUCUCAGAGCAAAACUGUUGAUGUUAGGCGUUUUAUAUUAUUAUUUUUUAAACUGCUUGCCUAUUGCAACCCUUAAAACACCACAUCCUGUCUGCUGACUGCUUUUACUCCCAGAGGUUGCUGCCUUAGAGUGAAUCUUUAAUGUUUAAAAAUGAAUCAUCAGAAAUGUCAGCAUCUCUACCUUCCUAGAAUCUUCUCCCUCUUCCCCCUAGAAAAGGGAAGAACAGCUCCUUGCACAGUGCUGUACUACUAGAAUUAAAAAAGAGAAAACUGCGUAGAUAAUACAUCAUUAUCUGCAAUUCUCUUGCACAUCAAAAAUGCUUGCUUUUAUAAACUAGCCAAUAAAAGAGUCAGAGCUGUUUGUUUUUCAUAGAUGUGUCAAACUGUACUGCAACUUUUGAUGAUGAGCUACUAUUCAAACCUAUGUGCUUUUCAGAAUCUAGAAGCUGGAUGCUUGUGGAUAUGAGUAACUGGACAUCUUAUUACUCAUUUCUAAAUAACCAAGACCUAGAACGAGAAUUCUGGCAACCCUUAACAGCAUUGCAUUGGUUUAAACACUAAUUAAAAAAAAAUAAAUCUAACUUUUGUUAGAAACCUUGCAGUAUAUAGAGAGUAUUCCUAGAAUAAGGCUGACAUUCUUCACGAACACUGAAGAGAGCCUUCUUAUUUCAUUCAAGCAUGCCACUACAGCGCUGCAUUAGAACUAGUCACAGAGCAAUCAGAAUACUGUGGAAGCAGUUACAAAUAAUACAUGUGCUUUCUAAAGCCUUAAAAUAAAAAGGGGACUGAGAAUUAUCUACAGUCAAACAUUGCUAAAGAAGCUAUCAAGUGCGAUUGUAGCCCAUCCCAAGAACCAGAAGCCAAUUUAGAACACUAUGCCCAGUAAGAAGCACUUACAUACCUCUGUAGUGGUAAAAAGGAAAGAGAUGUCCCAGGACAAUUUUAGUAUCUUGAGAAAAUACUUCUUUUGGAACUCAAUAGAACAACAUUUAAAGGUGAUUCAAAGAUGCAUUUUCAAUGAAUGCUCUGUCUGGAGUAAAGCUCCCUCCAAGAAAAGCAGUAAGGCAGGUGCUAUACAGAAAAACAAUCCCACAUAAGCUUUCACUGCUGCAUUGUAACAAAAAUGUAAUACAGUCCCCGACUGCACGAUGUAAUGGAUGAUUCUCUGGAAGGCAGAAUUUUAAACCCACUGGGGAACUCCAGGUUUACUUCAUUUCCACACAGCUUUUCCAGAAGCACAAGUACUUCAGUUUUGGAAGACUUCUCACAACAGACUGAAUUAUGCCAGUACUACCCUUGUGACACAUUCACAACUCUCAAAACCAUCAAAAUCAUGGUGUGAAACUACCGAGGUUAGUUCACUCAGAGCUGUUCAGUUUUAGUCAGUGUUACUACAUAAUUGCAUGCUCUCAGUUCUCUUUUUCAAGCAUACUCUGACAAUUAUUUCCUGGCAAAUACUUGUCUUUGUGUAUGUAAUUAAGAGAGAAAGUCCAGAGCAAUGCCUUUUGUUUUUAUGAAAACUAGGGAUCUUAACACAAACGAAUGCUAUGAUGUAGAGGAUCAUUAUUAACAGCUUGCCUGGUGCCACACAACACAGCCCCUCUCGACCUUACAGGCCAACAAGUAUUAUAGCUAUGGGAAAGUGGAGCAUUAGGCAUCAGACUUGCAGGUUGCCACAAAUGGAACAAGUAAUAAUCACAAGGCUGUGCUUUGGCUUUAAGGCAAGGAAAUGUUUCACCUAACAUAGAAAACAUGACCUAAAAUGAAAAUAUAUUGUGAAGACCAUUCUAAAUCUGAAUUUAUAUUUUGUACACACCAAGUGCUAACUUAAAACUAUUUCAGAGAGUUAGAUUAACUUGUCAAACUUUUCACUCCCCUGCUUUCCUCGGUGUUGAACUGCCACAGAAAACAGCUCUUAUCUCCAGAAACUUGGCAGACAGUCAUGCUCACAUGAAAGAAAGUUUACAAGUAAAAUUCCAUUCAACAGAUUUUAUUUAUCAAUUUGGUUUUGUGAUUACAACUGUUUCAGUUUUCUUCCACUGAAGACAGAACAAACUUUUACAGCAACACUUGCAAAGAACAUUCAUAAGCUAACAGCUUGCUAUUUGCACAACUGGCUUCAAGAAAAAGCCAGGCAACUUGAAGAGUCACUACAGUUCAGUGCCUAAAACCGAUUCAGGGGCAAAUGCAACUACAGAUCUAUGAGCUACCUUCCACUUCAAAACACAAGGCUGAGAAAAAACUGCAAGUUAUUAUUUCAGGUUAUUUGCUAGUACACAGCACAGAUUAGCUGAUACUGCAGUUUCACAGAGGAGCAAUUCAUUUCUAUAGUGAGACAGCCAAGCACACGGUGACGAUGUAUAAUCCAGCCUUCCCUCCCCCAGACAACUGAACGAGAAAAGCUGAAGCCACAACUCUAUCAACUGUGGAUUACAUCUUGUUGGCAAGGCUAAUGAGCAACCAACGUGCAGUGCAGGCCUUCCAGUACGCAACUGAAUUGAUGCAGUACAAGCUUGAGUUUUUGAGACUGGCAUCUGUACACAUCAAAAACCCUGGGUUUCCUAAAGUAUUGGAAAGUAGCAAUUGCUGGCACCAAGAAAACUUUAGUAACUAAGGCAAGGUAUUCAUUCUACCCUUUUAAAUAAAAUUUGAGGCAUAAAGAUUAAGCAAUUUUAAGGCACUUGAAAAAUUAUUUUAGUUUGUUUUACCAACAUACUUUACAACUUAAAUCAGAAUUAGCAUAGCUCAUGAAUAAGCAUUUUAACAACAUUUUACAGAGCAAUGCUUUUGCAGCAAAGUCUUCCAUGCUAUGAAGUGUUCUCUAGCAUUUUUCUGCAAGUUUUCCCAAAAGAUAGCCCUUGGAGGCCAAACAUAUAUGUAUGUACUAGAAAUACAGUUUGCUUUGCUGAGCUGAGAAUUGUCACGCUGUAGGAGAGUAUUUGGCUCACUUCAAAGCACAGAAUACAAGCUCAUGGAUAUCUUUUUAAACAUGUAAUAAAAUAGUUCUGAGAUAGGGAAAGGGCAGAUUAAAUGAUUUCACAAUAAGGCCAAGGUUAUACCAUCUAACCCACACGCUGUUGCUGGAAGCUGGCUGCUCACUUCUGUUUUAAAGAACCUGAGCUGAUUGUCUUAGUUUUGUUUAGAAAACCACAAGCUCAUGAACUCGAAGAUACAGUACUUGUGAAUAAAUUUUGUAUUCUGAUAGUAAUUUGAGUUUUUCUACGCAGCACAAUAAUGUCAUUUGAACUAGAAGAACACCAAAAAGCAAUUGUGCACUUCAGUAAUUUGCAAACAAUUUAUUCAAUAUCUAAGCUACACUACCAUGACGGUUACCUGCAUUAAUGUUGUCCUUUCAUUGCAUUGGUGCCAAAUUCUAGUCAGAUCAGAGCUAGUAAGACAGUAUUACAGAUCACUCUGAUGAUCAAGGGGUAUAAUCAAAAGCUACCAUCAUGUGCUAUACCCACUGCUUCAUUUUAUCUGUACUUCAGUUUUUCCUGUGGGCUUAUUCUUGAAGGUGUUUGGCAAUGACAUACCUUUUGCUUACUCUCAGAUCACAGGGGUGAUCCAGCCAAGUUUAAAAAAAAAAAAGAAAAAAAAAAAAGAGA